CCAAAGGGCACUUGGCUGGGACGGCAGUAAGGCACUCUACCCCUUUACUGCAGAGAUCCAGGGUUCUAGUCUUAGUAGUGCUAUCAGACAGUUGGGUGUUUUCUUGGACAUGAUUGGCAAAACAGCCUAGUAAUUGCGAGGUGCACUUGUCAGUGCGCUCUCAGUGCUGGUCCCAAGCCUGGAUAAAAAUAGUAGGGUUUCGUCGGGAAGGGUGUCUGACAUUUACCUGGUGAAGACAUGGGACCAGGAUGCACUAUAGAAAGAGGAUAAGCUGGAGGAGGCAGUCCGACGGUCUGGUCAACUUUCUUUUGGGAAAGCUUGUGUCCUGGCGUCCAUGUGGAUGUUACUUUGAUGUACCUAAACAUUGGUGCAGACCAAUUACACCUCAGUCAGCACAUAAUUGGUGUCGAAUUGGUCUCCAAACUGCACAGAUGCUAAUCUGAUCAAGCAUUUAAGAGAGGUGCUGGACAAACAACAAGACUUAAAGGUCUGAAGGCCUAAGUGGUGGGCAGGGCGAUGGCAUCCCAGCACCACAAAAGCUGCUCUUUCCAGGGAACAAACUCUCCAUGAAGUGGGAGCGAGUGUACCGGGUGGGAGCCGGUCUCCACAACCUGGGCAAUACCUGCUUCCUUAACUCCACUGUGCAGUGUCUUACCUACACGCCGCCGCUCGCCAACUACCUGCUGUCCAAAGAGCACAGCCGCACCUGUCACCAGCCAGGAUUCUGUAUGAUCUGCAUUAUGCAGAACCACAUCAUUCAAGCCUUUGCCAACACAGGAAACGCCAUCAAGCCUGUGUCCUUCAUCCGAGACCUAAAAAAAAUUGCUCGUCACUUCCGCUUUGGCAGCCAGGAGGAUGCUCAUGAAUUUUUACGCUAUACAAUUGACGCCAUGCAGAAAGCCUGUCUUAAUGGUUACCCAAAGUUGGACAGGCAGACGCAGGCCACCACGCUGGUUCAUCAGAUAUUUGGGGGUUACUUGAGGUCAAGAGUGAAGUGUUCUGUUUGUAAAAGUGUGUCUGACACGUAUGACCCGUACCUAGACAUAGCCGUCGAGAUUCGGCAAGCAGCCAACAUCGUCCGGGCCCUGGAGCUUUUUGUCAAGCCAGAUGUUUUGAGUGGCGAGAAUGCAUACAUGUGUGCCAAGUGUAAGAAGAAAGUGCCGGCGACAAAACGGUUCACGGUUCAUCGGACAUCAAACGUGCUCACGCUUUCCCUUAAACGGUUUGCCAACUUCAGUGGGGGAAAGAUUACCAAGGAUGUUGGCUACCCGGAGUUUCUAAACAUUCGUCCAUACAUGUCUCAAAACUCAGGAGAGCCAGUAAUGUAUGGGCUCUAUGCAGUCCUAGUGCAUUCUGGGUACAGUUGCCAUGCUGGACACUACUACUGCUAUGUCAAGGCCAGCAACGGACAGUGGUACCAGAUGAAUGACUCUAUGGUACAUUCCAGUAACAUCAAGGUUGUGCUUAAUCAGCAGGCUUAUGUUCUCUUUUACCUGAGGAUUCCUGAAAAGAAAAACACAGAUGGUCCAAGCGUAAAGCAGAACGUAGCGCAUUCUGCGAAGAGCAACAUGACUCCUGAGCAGCUGAAGAAAAUUCCACUGAACGGGCCUUUAUCCUCUCCACAGGUCACUAAGAAGGUGGACACAGCUCAGCUGAGAAAGAUCCAGUCUGUGGACGGCGGGCUGGGCGUGCCCAUGGCCCGCAACGGCUCCGGCAUCCAAUCGCCCAAACUGGCUAACGGCACACCAAGGGUUGCAGGUGGCCCGACGGUCAUCGACGAGCCAAUCAAGAAGCUGAAAAAGCCUGCAGUUCAGCCACAGAGCCGCGCCAACGUUCCCGCCUCUACCAACGGCCUUGCUAAGGCCGAGCAGGACAAAGGGAACAGCGGUGAGAGGCGCAACCUAGCAUCGUCUACCUCGCUUAAGUCUCUGGCAUCAGACUCAUCGUCAGCGGAUGCCUCCUCUGAGUCCAAGGACUCGAUUGGCACCAGGAGUGCUCCUGUGGGAGUUGUUUCCAGCCCUGCCAAGAGCAGACUGAAUGGAACCUCCUCUCCAGCUAAAAGUGUUGAUCGACUCGCUCCGGACGAACAGAAAUCAUCAAAGCUGAAACCUCCGGCUCUCACCAACAUUGCAGCUGAACUCACCAGCGCCAUGUCUCCUCCACCUGCCAAAAGACUGGCACUGUCUGCCAAGAAGGCCAGUCCCAGUCCCAGUCGGAGCCCGAUCAACAACAGCAGCCGCAGCACUGAGGCUCCGCCCUCUCCAUUGCAUCAUCAGUCCUGUGUUUCUACGUAUUCAGCUCUACUACAUCCUCUAACCCCCACUUCACCUCUCCAAGUCCACAGGAUCUCAUUACAUUCUGCCAAGCCGCCUUCACAUGUGCCUCAUUUUUUUAAAAAUAAAACCCCUCUUAAAGAACCCUCCUCUGCCCCUGCGAAUUCCCCUUCUCCUGCCACGCCCCAUUUUUUUAACAACCCUGGACCAAUUUUGAGUCAGAAAAGCACUGAAUCUGGUACAGGGUUUGCUAAUGGACUCGUCAGCCCCACCUUAAACAAAAAGAAGAAGAAAAAGAAGCGGCGCCACUCUGAAGCGGAGACCCCCAUCACGGAGCUUCCUGCCAAAACGAAGGACGUGCCGGGGGUCCGAGCUGAGAACAAGAAGGUAAAGAAGAGCAAGAGGAGAAAACUGGAAGAGAAGCAGAACGGUAUUGAGGCUCAUAGAGAAGGUCUACAGUCUCAUCUUGAGCCAGCAGAAGGUCAGGAUGAAGACUGGUGUCUUGGAGAGACGUGGAGAAUUAAAUCAGAUGCUGAAGCGAGUGUGGAAAGGCCAAAAAAGAGGCCACAACCAAUCACAGAGCCGGAACUGUCACAGAGUAGUAUUAUAAAGCCAGUGCUGGAUCAGACCUCACCAAGCCAUCAGUGUUCUACUGAGAAGAGAAGGAAGAAAAAGAAGAAGUUUAAAGAGGAGUUGCAAGGGAACGAUGGCAAACAUAAAACUGUUGACAGAAACGAAUUACCUCAGACAGACACCGACGUGGAGAAUCCGGUCAAAUUAAAGAAAAAAAACAAGAAGAGGGAAAGAGAGGAAGCAAAGCGAAGAGAAAGCGUAGGAGCUCAUCUGGACCGUACUGAAGAUGAACCAGUUUGUCCGACCAACGAUGCAGCACCAGAAAAAACCUUGAAAACUAGUACAGCUGCAGUGGUGGUGUGGGACAGUCGGAUUCAGGACGGCUACAAGCGCAGCAAAUGCGCUGCUGAGUCAGAGCAGAAAUCUGGGAAAGAGGCUCGUCCUGCUUCUGCGGGCUGGGAUGGUAAGAAGAGCUCUGAUGUGGUCCAGGAGCUGCUAAAACACGCCACAGAUAAAGCAUAUGGAACUGAAGUCUUCAGUUGGGAAGGAGAGCGCUCUGCCAUCAGUAGAGAUGCCAUGGAGGAUUCAAGCAACGCCAGAUAUGACACCGUAAUAGAUGAAUGGGACGAGGAGUUUGACAGCGGAAAGGCAAAAAAAGUGAAAAAGUUUCAAAAGGAAAGGAGACGAAGUUUUAACGUCUUCCAGAAGGUCCAGGACCGGCGCAACAUGUGGGCCGUCACACCGGGAGGAAGACGGAACAAUUUUAGCAAUCGCUAAUGACAUAAGGGUUCUAGUUAAGAUCUUGUUUGUGUUGUCUGGUUGGUUUGUUGGAGAAGAAACCGUGGGAUCCGUUCCUAAAAGUUCGAGCCAUAUGAGUCGUUUGUGUGUGAAGCAGAUAAAGCGAUGAGGACGACAACAUCUCAGGAGUUUAAAUCCAGCCUGGCUUGAAGCAGACCGAUGUACUGUGGCAUUGGGGGAAAUCGUCAUAAUAAAAAACUUGAGUCUGUGAUGAAAUGCUGUACUGUAUCCACUGUAGGACUGUACGUCAGGGCAGGAGGAGAAUCACUUGAAAUCGAACAAAGCGGUGCUGUUAUGGGUUAGUGAAGCAUUUGGAUCACUAGAUCACUGCUUCCUGCUGUCACCUGGAUUAUUGAUGAUAAAAAUCAAAUGUCUUCUUUAAAUGAAUGAAAGUUCAUUUUAUUUCUUUUAUGUUCUUAAAUGUGUUUUAUUUAAUUAAAAAAAUAUAUAUAACCUAAAUCAUUUGCCCCUUAUAAUAUAUUAAGUACAUUUAGUAAAUACAAAUUUAAAUUAUGCAAAAGUCCUGAGACCCCUGGUCAGAUUCCCUGUUUUGCUGAUUUUGUAGUUAAAAUCUUUUUUUUUUUUUCAACAUUUCGGCUUGUUCCCUUUCAUUCAUUGUCAUGUAGGAAAAUCAAUUAAACAGGUGCUUUGGUGGCGCUGGGUUGGGAUCCAUGAUUUGAAUCCCCAGAGGUACUAUUGGCAGUGCUAUCUGCAUAUACAUACAGACAUGAUUGGAUUUGUCUGAUGGAGGGAGGUGGCCGAGGCCUAGUGAUGGACUGGUGUCAUGUAGGGGGUGUUAGUGCAUAGUGCCCAUUGAUUCUGCAGAAACCGGACCCACCACAACUUGGAUGAAGCGGUAGUCAACAUGAAAUAAAAUUAAAAAUCUAACAAAUGUAACAUUUGACCAGGAGUGUUGAAACAUUUGCGUAAAACUGCAUUGAUAUGUAUCGUUGCUGUUUAGCAAUGAGGACUCUCAACUGUGUGCUAGGACUAAAGGGUGAGAUCAUUGCAAGUGUACUAAUUUGACACUGGUUUGGGACACAGCCAGUGGUUAAAGUGGCUUAAGACUGAAUUUGUUUCCUAAUAUACAUUUCUUCCAUCCCACUUUCAAAUUCUUUCUCCAGAUAUGUAUUGUGAUUAUAAUUACAAAACCAUUGAUACAAGAUAUUAUUACUGCUAAUAUAUUGUAUUAUCAAUAUAGCAUUGUCCUGUGCUGGUAUGUUACUUUUUCAAUCAUUGAAUAAUUUAUUUUUUAUUUUUUUUUUAUUACUUUUUUUAAACAUGUAUUUUUUUAAACCCCCUAAAUCUUCUAUGGUGUGAUAUUAUUGCAUAUUGUGGGAAUUUAGUCAGCUAUAAAAUUAUUUACGUCCUCUGUAAAGAGGAGUUUAAAAAGUAAUGGGAAUAACGUUAUAUUGAGUCAUUAGCUUCAUUCCACACUAUAAAUAUAAGAGGAAUCUAACCAGUAAAGAAAAACUAUUAAAAUGUCUGUGUAGGCACUUGGCUGGUCAGGUAGGUUUAUUUAAAUCCAUGUAAUUUGAGUUAAAUGAAACAGGAAAUUAUGAGUAACCAAGUCCUUAAAAAAUAAAAUUUAAACAUGCUAGAUUUCUCUCAUAUUUUUAGUAGGAUUGGGCUAAUUAUCCAUGGACAUUUUCCCAAUGACCAACUUUAUCAAGUGUGCCAACAAAUCUGGAGCUAAUUGUACAUAAUUAUAUUUAAUUGUCAGUUAUCCAGUUACACAGCUGUAUUGGUUUUAUCCUUAGCUAAAAUGUAAAAUAUGUCCCUUUCUUAACAAGUCUUGCUAAUAAUUAUCCAUCAGUUUCAGCACAGGAGGCUGCAUUGGCUUCACUUCAUCCAAUCUCAUUAAAACCAACAAGAAAGAGUCUAGUGUAAAUUCCAUUUCACAUGCCAUUUUCUGCCAGUUUCUACUCUAUGCAAGUCUGACAGGUCUUUAUAGAACCUCUCCCAUAUCCUCACCUCAUCAAUUUCAUUGAUCGAUCAUGAUCCAGAGCUAGAAACAUCUCUGGAAUUGUACUAUAAUGCUUUAGGACAGAAAAAAAAAGAUUUUAUUACAGAUGCUUAACCACAGAAAUUACUAGAGAGUUAAGAUGUGUUAAGACGCUUUCUAAAAAUAGAACAAUUGUAAAGUCCCACGUGCUCUGUGACUAAAUAUUCUUCUAGAAUUACACCCCAAAAAUACUUCCAUUUUAGAAACAUUGCCUUGAAUGAAUUUUUUAAUAGUAGUUAAAAUUGAAAAUGAUGUUUUAUAAUUUGAAAGCAAGCUGCAUAUUUAAUGCACAUGUAAUUCAGAAAUGAAGCCUAAUAUAUUUAAAAAUUGUAGGAUGUCCUCAGAGAACAGAUGUGCGAGUGGUGUGAACUUUGUCCGUGUCAGGAGGAAAAAUAAGAACUGUGAGUUCAGUAGAAUGUGUUAUUGUUAGAAAUGUCACUCAGAACUUUUUAGUAGAAGCGAUGCUGAAGAACAUACCUUGAUUCAUGUCCCAUUUGCACCAAUGGCUCUGCACCUUUAUAGCGCCUUUUCAAGACUAAGAGACGUCCGAUAUUGAGGAUGAAUGAAUGAAUAUAAAUAUACUUGUGCAAUAAAGUUGUGAUUUUUUGUGAAAA